CUCGGCUUCAUGCUACUCCCCUCUCCGCCUUUCCCGAAUACAACAUUCUUGAGAACAAAGGAGCUUCGCUAUUUUCGUCCAAUUCCUGUCCGUCAAUUGUUCAUAGCCGAACCCAUUAUUUUCUGCGACAGCGAAUUCUUCUAGUGUCCUUCGAGUACAAGUUCCCCCACUAUGUCGGUCAAGUUUCAGCAGGACACAUUCCAGCAGACGACGCAGAACGUCAUGGGCGGCGCCCAGGGCGCUGCCCAACGCGUCGCUCCCAAUGCUCCCAUCCCAGGAACCAGCGGCAAGCAUCCUUUUGCUGAGAAGGUCGGCACUGCCUUGACUGGUGGCAGGGAAAAUGCUGGCACCAAGGGCUACCUUGCGGCCUACAUUAAGCAGCUCGAGUCCAACCCUCUCCGCACCAAGAUGCUGACUGCUGGUACGCUGGCAGGCCUUCAGGAGCUUGUCGCCUCUUGGCUGGCUAAGGAUCGCAACAAGCACGGCAACUACUUCACCAGCCGAGUCCCUAAGAUGGCGGCAUAUGGCGCUUUGAUCAGCGCACCCAUGGGCCACGUUCUCAUCUGGUUCAUGCAGAAGAUCUUCCAUGGCCGCACUUCGCUCAAGGCUAAGAUUCUGCAGAUCAUCUUCAGCAACCUUGUCAUUGCUCCUAUUCAAAACAGUGUAUACCUGGUUGCCAUGUCCCUCGUUGCUGGUGCCCGCACCUUCCACCAGGUCCGUGCCUCGGUCAAGGUCACAUUCUGGAAAGUUAUGCGUGUGUCCUGGAUCGUGUCCCCCUUGGCCCUCGCCUUUGCUCAGCAAUUCCUCCCCGAGAACAUGUGGGUACCAUUCUUCAACAUUAUCAGCUUCCUUAUCGGCACAUAUAUGAGCACAGCCGCCAAGAAGAAGCGUCUUGCUGCUCUCCGCAAGAAGCACUUUGGCGACAGCCGCAUGAGCGGUGGCCGUCCUGACGACUACCCUCCCUCUAUGGGCGGCCCAAUGGGCCCCAACCCUCCCUACUAAUCUCCACUUAAUUAGAGGUGUGGGAGUAUGGAAGGAAUAUGGAUGGAGAAAUAUAUGAUCUGUAUCUACAUGAAAGGCUGGCUGAGCUAUAGAUGCUGCGUAUGCCUUGCUUUGAUGCAAGCAAGGGCAACGCCAGCGCAAGACGCGGCUCACUAGGUCGCAUGUUCAUUUGGCGUGAAGGAUAUGACGUGUUUACUUUUGCACAUGGUCUUUUGUAUAAAUCUACUUUAUUUUGUUUUAUCUUUGAAGACUUAAUCUAUUUUUGAUCUCUAAUCAGUGUCUCCCUACGUCGGUGAUCGACAAGCAGUCUUCAAUGCGCAUUUUCAGCGCCAUGCUGCAAAGGACCACAGGUAGCUCAUGUAGCCUUGUUAUCAUACAAGUUUUGAGCGUAGGGUUGUAUGACAAUGGACGCGGAGUUUGUGACCAUUUAUGACUCCGAAACAGCCGUUGGGCCAGAUCCAUACAUGACUGUGUUGUCAUAUGGCCGGGUAUGUUUUGUGGUAGCAAGUCGCAAAGUCUUCUUUCAGGUUCCCACGGCGGCAGAUUGCUCCUGAGUAUCAACCAUAUACCCAGGACUCCAGUACUCCCAUUCGCCUCCUGUUUGUUUAUCGACCCAAAGCAAGCCCUCAGCCACCAAAUCGUCUAUGACGGUCCGACAUCGUGCCCUCUCCCAGGCCAAGUUAUCUCGCAGCAUGCCGACACUCACAUAGCCAAGGACCUGAACCGCCUCUACCACAGAUGCCUGAUCGUUACUGAGUUCUCGGGGAACGCUGCGAACAUAUUCUUUACGACCGACCGUGACGAUGCUGUAGCUACCGGCCAGAGGCUUGAGGGUCUCUACCGCGCGGCGGACGUCAUCCUCGGUGAUGUCGCCCGACACUGCGAUGUCUCUGCUACGCGCGACGCGGUCCCGGACCUCUUUGAGACCAAUCAAGCCGCCAUUUUCGCCGCGUGUUGCGCCGCAAACUUCAACUACCCGAACCGCAAGCUCAAAGUAGAAGUCGUUGACCGAUUUCCCCAGCAGCUGAGCCCAGACGGAGCUCUGCCCUGACGAAGAGCCUGCUGCUUGCGAGGAUGAUGAAGCGAGGGGAUCAACACCUAUAGCAGUGCACAUGCGUGCAAACUGCGCUCUGAAUGCUGGGUCGGAUCGGAUGUCUUUGGCGUGCGUCUGGGCGAACUGCUGCAAGAGGGAUCGGAAGACGGACAGUUGCGUUUCUAGCGCUUGCGCGUUGUUGGCGCGCAGCGAGGAGCCAUGCGAGGCAAAAUGGGCAGACGUCAGCCGUGACCGGUCAAAGGCAGCGAUUCCGACGCCCUUGCGG